AUGCUGUCAGAUAGUGAGCCUGAUCCUCUUGAUAAACUAGAAACAAUCAUAAAGACUGUGGGAAAAACAAUAGAUGAGAAAAAUGAAAAUAAAAGGAAGGCAAAACUAACUGGUAGAAAAGUUUGUUCAACUGGGAAUUUUAAAAGUUCCAAUAAUGUUCUUCAAGAUGAUUUUAAAAAGUUUGAUGAUUCUGUUCAGAAAUACGUUAAUGAUGUCAAAUCAUGUACUGGUCUGGACAAUAUGGGCCCAAAAGGGGACGAACUGCCCAAGUCACAUAUGCUGUUGGUAAAAAAACUUGCAGAAAGCAAUUAUUUAAAACGUGAAGAUACUUUUACGGUAGAGGAUAGAAAAACGCUCAAGAAAAUGAGAAGAAAGGAAUUGACAAAAAAGAAAAACAUCAUUGCUUCAUGUGACUCUAGCGAUAACGACGAUUUGCCAUGUACUUUUGGGCACAGAACUAUAAUUACACAAGUUUAUUCGCCAGAAGAUUUUUCAAAUACAAAAAGUAAUCAAGCGGAACCAAACAAAGCCGCCGAAGAUAUUUCUGUAAUAGAUAAAGCCAAAGAGGAAGAACUAGAAAAGGAAAGACAAGCUAAACAAGAAGCAAGAAAGGCUGCUUAUAAAGCUUGGUGUGAUCGCAAAGCGGAAGAACUUAAAAGCAGAGCUGAAAAGCAGAAGAAGAUAAAAACUGAAUUAGAGUUGAAAAAAGAGGAGGCAUUGCAACGCAAAAAGAUUCAAGAAGUUAAUUUCAAAUCUUGGUUAACACGAAAGAAGGAAGAGAAAAAGGUCAAUGAAAUUAUUGAGGAGAUGAAAAAGAAAGAAGCCAUGCAAAAAGCUGAAGCUGACAAAGAAUUAAUUGAAAAGAAGGUUUCAGCUACAAAAAUGUGGAAAGCUAAAAAACAGCAAGAAGCAAAACAGAAGAAAGAAGCUGAAUUGCAGGAAAGCAAGAGCAAAAUAUUGAUAAAUGAAUUAAAAAGCCAAAAAGCAAAUGAAGUUUUUGAAGAAUGGAUUAGGUCUGUACAUUUAAAACCUAAGCCAUCCCCAUUGAAUAAAGGACAUGAAAGCUAUAUUGUAAAAAAUGUUGGCUGGAUCAAUCCAAUACCAUGGCAAUCAGUAUCCAAUGAUAUUACGUCUGAAGAAGAAUAUUGUUAUUAG